ACCUUCUGGUGCAUUCUGGGACGUGUAGGCGUCCCUCUUCCGGUUUUAACCGGAUAUGGAGGAGUUCGGCGGCAGUGUUUGGUCCAGUACUUGUGGACAGAGACCACCCAGAGGUUAGCCUUGACCAGUUCCUCAUGUCUGAUGACUCAAGCAGUGAUGGAGAAUGGUGUGUUUCCACAAAAAGUCAGGUGGAUGAUGCACAAUCAAAAAGGAAAUGUUGGGAAUGUGGCAAACAAUUCAGCAAAUUAACAAGCUUGAUGUCGCACUACAAAAGCCACAAUAUCAACGCCGCCUGCCACAUCUGCAAAAUUACUUUCCGACGCCUGACGUCACUCUCCAUGCACCUGGAUAAUGCACACUCGCCACCCCUCUGCAAAAAGUGCAAUCAUUAUUUCAGUUCCGUGUGGGAGUUGAACAAGCAUGCAGAGGUUUAUUGUUUGGGCUCAACACCUUCUCAAGAAACUCCCUCUUUGGUUUCAGCGAGUCAGAAUAACUUUCCUAACGACGUGACUGCACAGCAAAGCACAAAGUCAGGGCUGUUCGACUCCGUGUCAGAGUUGGGGCCUCAACAAAAAAUUGAGAUGAAGCCUGAGAGGGCUGGGACAUCUGAAAACAGUGUAGAGUAUAUAGUGGGUGAAGAUGAUAUUGACAUGGAAAGGGAUUGUGAGAAAUCAGAUGAUUCAACAAGCACUGAAUCUGAUGACCAAGAGAACACGCGCUCUACUGAAGACUUGUGUCCAGAUGAUCCCGAAUCAGAUGGUGGCUCAAGUUCAACGGAUUGUUCCAGUGGCUCUUCUCAUGGUCAGCACUAUAACCCCCCCCCUCCUUCAAUGUGUGCUGCGUGUGGUAGAGGGCCAUAUCGGUCAAUGAAGCUCCAUUUGCUGCACUGCAGUGGUAUAAGGGUAAAAUAUCAGUGUUCAGUGUGCAAGAAGCUCUUUAUAACAGAGAUGUAUCUUAAAGAACACUACAUGCCUUUGUAUUCCUGUGAAAUCUGUGGCCAAGUUUUCCCUCACGAAAACUCAUACCAACAUUACCAGUGUCCCAAGGGAACCAAAUCACGUCUGGUCCUCUUUUGUGCCGAGUCAAUGCCGCAAGCGUGUAAGAUAUGCAAAUCCUUUUUCAACUCUGAGAAAACAUUGUUAAACCAUGUCACCAGAGUUCACACGUCAGUGGUCAGCACCAAGGUGUGCAUUAUUACCGAUCCAUCAGCCUUGGUGGAUGAAAAGGUUUCACCAGGUGGCACAGCAGCAAUCAGUAGUCGCAAUGUAGUCAACCAGGUCAUGAAUGGAAAGCUCGGUGUUGCCCAGACCUAUGCAGGGUCUCUGUGCGCUAGUCCUUCCUCUCUCUUGACCUACUCCUCCUACGCAGGCAGACCACCUGCCACUAUGUGCAUGGCGGCCUCUGCGGCACCCGUCAGAUCGGGGAAAGCCGGCGCCCUAGGUCGAACCAACCAGCCUCUGUCUGCACCUGAAUGUGUCCCUCCUGGUGCCACUGCUGCCUCCGACCCUGUCACCCCACCAUCGCCCACAAUUAUGGCCAUGUUUGAGAACGACAGCCAGGACGUGGCUUUGAUGAAACGUAUGAACAUUGGCUGGCGCUCCAAGGCCCCUUAUCCCUGCAGGCAGUGUGGUGCCAUCUUGCGGCAACCCUCUCUCAUCAUCAGCCAUCGCUACCUCCACCGAGGCCAGCGCUCGCACCAGUGCCAGUGCGGCCGAGCCUUUAAGCACCGGCUGCACCUGCUGCGACAUUGCGUUCAGCACGCGGAGACCAUGAGCUACAUCUGUGUCAGCUGCGGGGAGACUUUCACGGGGGCAAAACUCUUAGCUGAGCACAUAAAGGGCAAGUCACGGAAGACGUACCGUUCCGGACGUACAUGGAAAUGUAAAGUUAAGAGAAAGUGCAGAAUGCCCUUUACAUGUGACUGUGGACAACUCUUUUUUAGGCCUUCGGCAUACAUAUGGCACCAACUUAAAAACAGGACAAAAACUAAACAAUCGAAGAAGCCCUUGCAAUGACGAAGCGGACACAUCCCAUUGCUUUGGAGUACUCUUCUCCAGCUUUGUGCAUCACACUUUAAAACAAAGUGGUCAAUCAAAAGGAUUUCUUUCUUUUUCUAAGACAAAAUCAAAGUAAAAAUCACAUGCACGUUAAUUCUUAAUGGAUUUUAAUUAUAAGCGUGUCCUGGAUGUUAACAUGUUUUCACCAUGAGCAAAUGAUACAUAGUAAACAAUGUUGGAACAAGUCAUUAAUUCUUUUGACGACACACCAGAGAACAAAUUAACCCACAAAGCACUUUGUUCAGUAUGGAUUAAAUGAAAAACACUCCAGUUUAUCCUCCAGAGAGUUGAUCCAGUUUUGCAAAUGUUUCACACAAAGUGCAUUCUUAACAGUGAGGUUUGUAUGGGAGUUUCUGAGUCCUCUUGUUUUUCCAGAUUUGUUUUCACUACAGCUGAUUUCAAAUGCUGUUUCCCUGUGAGACAUGUAGAGGUCUCGGUAUUCAAGUUGAAAAUAGCAUAUUACUUUUUUUUUAUUGUUAUAUAAUCUUCAUGGUUCUGAAGUCACGUUCUGCAAUAUUAUGUGUAUUUAAUUCAUCCACUAGAUGGUGCUGUUUGGGUACUAAAAAAAACAAAACAACUCACAUUCCCAGAGCAGGUGUUAACUGUUUUCCUGCAUCAGACAAUUACAACCUUACACUGUACACAUUAAUCUAUGAGUUUCAGUGGACAUCCCAUAAAAAGCCCAAGGAUUUACAGUUUUAAAUAAAGGUGUUUCCCCACAACACUUAAAUUUAAGUUUCUUCUCUUGGUUGAGCAUCAAAACACCAUUUCAUUCACAAUUCACUUGGAGGAAAGCGGAACAAUGAGGAAUUGUUACAGAUUGCAUUAUAUAAGCCUGUUUGUGAAACAUAAUCAACAAUUUAACCAUUAAACUGUCUGUUAAUGAAA